AUGCCUUAUCCAAUACAACUGGGCUUUCAAGAUGCCACAUCCCCUAUUAUAGAAGAAUUAACAUACUUCCAUGACCAUACACUAAUAAUUGUCUUCCUAAUUAGCUCCUUAGUACUAUAUGUCAUUAUCCUAAUACUUACCACAAAACUUACCCAUACGAGCACUAUGGAUGCCCAAGAAGUAGAAACAAUCUGAACUAUCCUACCAGCCGUAAUCCUAGUACUAAUUGCCCUGCCAUCUUUACGAAUUCUCUAUAUAAUAGACGAAAUUUACAACCCAUAUCUUACAGUCAAAGCUAUGGGCCACCAAUGAUACUGAAGCUAUGAGUAUACCGACUACGAAGAUCUCACAUUUGACUCAUAUAUAGUACCCACCCAAGACCUCUCCCCCGGACAAUUCCCACUACUAGAAGUAGACAACCGACUAGUCCUCCCCAUAGAACUCCCAAUCCGAAUGCUCAUUUCAUCCGAAGAUGUUCUCCACGCAUGAACUGUCCCAUCCCUUGGGCUAAAAGCAGAUGCAAUCCCAGGACGACUAAACCAAGCUACACUAACAUCAACUCGCCCAGGAGUCUAUUAUGGUCAAUGCUCAGAAAUUUGUGGAUCCAAUCACAGUUUCAUACCUAUUGUGCUUGAGAUAACCACAUUGAAAUAUUUCGAGAAAUGAUCUUCUAUAAUGCAAUCAU